GGCGCCAGGGUCGCUUUGCUGCUAUGCGGCUUACGGUUGGCACAGGGGCUGCCUUCCUUGCCGCCUCCUCCCUGCAAAAAAAGCGCCCACUGGUCCAUAGCUGUGUGCCGAGCCGGGGUUCGGGAGAGGAAGCUCGCAGCUGCUCGCGGCACAGGCGCCCUGCCAGGAAAAGCAGAACCACGACGCGCGGCUGCGAGAGACGCGAGCAGCUGCCGCUGCCUGCCCGAGUCUCAAGCGCUCCUUUGUUCUGGGAUGCCGAGGAGGAGGAGGAGGAGGAGGAGGAGGAGGCGGCGGCCUGAAGGGUUAAACUGACAGAGCUUCGCUUCCCAGAGUGGACCCGCGGAGUCGUGGGAAGAAGAGGUGUGCGCCUGCCCGAGUGGAAAGUCUUUUCUUCUUCCUUCCUUUUGUGGCGCCUGGCCUCGGAUCUCGGCUGCCCUGGGGUGCUCAUUCUUGUGUGAGGGUGGCUGAGAGAGCCGGGCGAGCCAGGCUGGUUGAGUGCCCUGCUGAUCCUGCUCUUCCCGGCAAAGAGUACAUGGAACAUUGAAUACUUGGAAAAACUGAGGUCUUCGAAUGGGAAUCUUUAUUUCCGUUCUUAGAUUUCCUAUUAUUGCCUGUCUGUCUCUUUCCCAGGGGAAGCCCUCCGCCGCCGCCCUUCCUGUGAAACACCUUGUUCGCCUAAAGACCCCAGCUCUCCAACAGCACUGAAAAUGCUCCAUGGGUCUUGUGGGACCAGCCUGGGCAUGGGUAGGUAGCCGACGUCUGGGCCUCUUUUCUGCACUUUCAAUCCAACACAGGCUCUUACCAGCAAGAGGGCGCCUCACACUGAGCUAAAACUAGCCUGAGGGACAAAAUGGCGGCGGAGAAGGGGAGAACACCCAGUCCGGCUCUCCGGCUCCAGGCCCCAUUAGAAGAGGGGAUAAAAGUUGGGGAGCAGCCAGAGGGGGGAGGCCAAGCAGGCCUUGAGCCUGAAGUAGCUUCUGAGAGAGCAGGAAGUGCAUCUCGUAAGUCCAAGGCCAGAAAGGACCAAGAUCUUCUAAAAAAGGAAAGCCCUGAAGAAGUUCUAGGCAAGGCGGGUGAGAAGCAGUCAAAGCAUUUAGAAUCGGACAAGUGCACACAAUUCCCUUGCUUGGGAUGGGGAAACCGCCAGCUCCCAGGGCCUGCACCCUGGAAGAAUCCUAAGGGGUUUCUGGCCUCUUUUGAGGGAGUAGCUGACGUCUACCGGAGGUCCAGAGGACUGUUGGAUCUCCGUGCCGAGACCCAAGGGGACCACAGAAAGACAGAAGCUGGAGAGAGAGAGGAUUAUUGGAAAGUGAGGGGCGAUCCCCCAAGAGAGGACUCAUUCACCGCGGAGGUGCAGCGCACGCUCUUCCGGGAGUUCCGCUACCAGGAGGCCGAGGGGCCCCGCGAGGCCUGCAGCCGCCUCUGGUACCUUUGCCACCGGUGGCUGACCCCAGAGAAACACACCAAGGAGCAGAUCCUGGAGCUGGUGAUCCUGGAGCAGUUCCUGGCCAUCCUGCCAAUGGAGAUCCAGGGCUGGGUCAAGGGGGGUCACCCUCAGUCCUGUGACCAGGCGGUGGCCCUAGCAGAAGAUUUCCUGCUGAGACGGCAAGAAGCUGGGAGACUGGAACGGGAGGGUCCAGCACUGAUCCAGGAGGCGGCUUUGACUCUACCCACAGCUGAUCAGCCUCCAUCCGUCCCUGGAGAGAAGGAGCUUGGUGCGGAGUCCAAGCAGGAAGGGGCAGGCGACACCAGCUCUCAGCCAGAUGAUGAACGGACGGCAGAGAGCAAAGAGGAGAAACCGCAGCCGGAGAAUCCAGAGCCAGUGAAGCUCCAUGGGACAUCCUGGAGAAAGCUUCCUUGGCGCCAAGAGGAUGGAGAACCUUCUGCAAGCCAUGAUGCUGGACCAGAGAAGGGGAGGAAGAACUUCCUAGAACCAAGAGUGGAUGUUUUCUUUCCUUACCUAGGAGACAGCGGAGACCUGAGCCAAACCAUUGUGGUCAAGCGAAGGCGCAGAAGCCGAGGGGAAAAAGUGUGUGGUGUGUGUGGGAGAAGCUUCAGUCGGACCACGGUGCUGGUUGCACAUCAGAGAACCCACACAGGAGAGAAGCCGUUCAUGUGCAAAGAUUGUGGGAAAUGCUUCAGCUUGAAAUCCACCCUGGUUGCGCAUGAAAGAACCCACACGGGAGAGAGACCCUACUCUUGCUCGCAGUGCGGGAAGAGCUUCACCGUCAGCUCAGACCUUACCAGGCACUACAGGAUCCACAUCGGAGAGAAGCCGUUCAACUGCUCGGAGUGUGACAAAACCUUCAGCCGCAAAACGCAGCUUCUCAACCACCACAAAGUCCACACGAGAGAGAAACCCUACAAGUGCUCACAGUGUGGGGAAAGCUUCAGCCGGAGCUCAAGCCUGAUGAUACAUGAGGGUUCCCACACAGGAGAAAAACCCUUUAAAUGCCCGGACUGUGAUAAAUCCUUCAACACAUCCUCCCAGCUUGUCAAGCAUCACCGUGUCCACACAGGAGAGAGGCCGUACACCUGCUCGGAGUGUGGGAAAAGCUUCAGCCAGAGGCAGAUCCUGAUGGUGCACCAGAGAAUCCACACGGGAGAGAAGCCGUUCAAGUGCGCCACUUGUGGGAAAUGCUUCUGUGACCGUGCUGUCCUCAUCAGGCAUCAGAAAGUCCACACGGGGGAAAGGCCACAUCAGUGCACAACUUGUGGGAAAAGCUUUUCUCACCGUGCCGUCUUGGUUAGACAUCAGAAAAUCCACACUCGAGAAGCUCUGAGCAUACUCACGCUGGAAGAGGAGGAGGAACAACCCAACAAAGGCCUGUAAAGACUCAAGACUGUCGCAUAUUUCCUUGACUCUUGGCUACAGAUGACUACUUACUUCAUGGGUACUUACUGCUGCAUCUGUUUAGAGAUGUGGGAAGCCAGCGAUCUGUAGCGUCCUUCUGCCUGAUUUUGGUUGCACCACAAUAGGUUUCCAACACAUUCAUACCAAAACUGAAAUCCAAUGAAGUAGGAGAAUGGUCAAGUUUUCCAUGACUCAUGCCUGGAUGCUACAGGGUCCUGGCUUCUUGCAUACUGGCAUAUCACUGUAAGUUACUAUGGGGUGAUUUACCCUCAGGAAGAACCUUUAUUGCUAGCUCUCAGCGGGAUAGCCAACAUCUGGUGGAGUUAUUGGAAAAGCCAGUGAUACCAGCUGACCUGGGCUGGCAUCCUGACUAAUGCUGUGCUUGUGCAAGGACAUUGCACUAGUGCAAGGCUGUUGCACUAGCUACAUCUGGAGCACGUGUUCCAGACUGGUGUUGCACCAGCAACAAGGUGUGCAAUAAUAAUAAAUAAUAAUAAACUUUGUUAGCCGCCCAUAACAAAUUGUUCUCUGGGCGGUUCACAACAGAGGAUUAAAACAUACAAUAAAACAUAUAACACAUUAAAUCAUAACAGACAAAAAAGGUGGGGAAUGAAUACAAAAUACAAUAUAAAGCAGCUUAAAAACUCAUUUUAAAAUUAGUGAAAAAUCAGAUCAAAUUUGAAAAUCAGAAUUUAAAAGGCCUGAGUUAACAGAAAGGUCUUUACCUGGCAUCUAAAAGAACAAAGUGAUGAAGCCAGGCAAACCUCACUGGGGAGGCUAUUCCAUAAAUGGGCUGCAACCACCAAAAAGGCCCUCCCUGGUAGCCACUCACCUCGCUUCGUUUGGCAGGGGCACCCGGAGGAGGGCUUUCCAAAGCAGGGGUGAACCAAGAUCGGAGUGGGCCUGGAGACGAGAUUUUAAAAUGGGCCCCUCACUGCCUUCCUCUCCUUCUCAUAGCCCCAUGUCUCUACUGCAGAAGAACAUUAAAGACACAAGUAAUAUUGUGUAGCAGAUUUACAGAGGACAGGAGACUACAGUUACAAGGUGUAAACAACAGCAGAACCAAAGAAUACAACAGAAUCAGCUUUGUGAAAUACAAGAGGGCAAUUCAUGCUUGCUACCACAAGACUGGCUCUCCUCCCCUUCUGUGGGUUCCAAAGGAAGCUUCUGUUCCAAGCUUAACAAAUUUUGUCAGGGCUGUAGCAUGGCAGGAUUUUUUUUUAAAAAAAUCCAUUUGGAAAAGGCCAGUGAAGGGGUAUCCAGGCAAACCAGUUUAAAAUUAGCAAACAUUAGCUAGGCUAGCUCCACUCUUCUCCAACCGUCAAGUAUUGUGAGCCAUUCUGGGAGCACAGAACAUUUUUUUGAGAACUUGUUUGGUUGAAAACAAUUGAAUAUAUUUUGAACAACCACGGCAUCAUCAAAGAACCAAUCAAUAAACCUCCUGCCACCAUCCCCUCUUUCCUGUCCACAGAGAGGAAAAUGACUCAUUGAAAGUUGGAAGAAGAUCACUUCAAAUGGGUCAUCAGGACCUAGACAGAAUAAUCCAAUCAUUUAAAAUCAUUUUUUAAAAGUUAAAAAUAGCGCAGGCACAAAUAAUCUCUCUCUCAUUCAUUCACUCACACUCACAUUCUCUCGGGGGAAUCACAAAGCCUCUCUGCCGCUGCCGCUGCUGUCACUCUCCUCCACUCCGACUGACAAAAGGGAAAUUAAGAGUCAUAGAGAACCUGUUUGUGGGGACUGCAGCUCACACUUCUGGUAAGGGGAAUGGAGAGAGGACAAGGACUGGACUUUAGGGAUGUGCACAAACCUGUUCAGAGGCCCUUUUGUGGGCCUCCGAACAGGUUCGAACAUGGGGCUGGUUUGAAGUUCGAUGGGGGGGGGGUGUUUCAGCUUUAAAGGCAGGGGGAGGGUGCACUUACCCCUCCUGCUGCUUCCCCACAACAGCGUCAGUUUUUCAAAAAGCGCAUUGAGGCAGCAGCAUACCUCCCUGCCGCCCCGUUGUAAGUGCACCCUCCGCCCACCCGCCCUUAAAGCGGCACCCCUGCCGCUUUUGAACUACCCAACCGUGGUUCCAUGCACAUCCCUACUGGCCUUGGAGGGGGGGGCCCUCAGAGACCAUGGGCCAAGAGACAUUUGUCUCCCUUUGUCUCAUUAACGGUGUACCCAUGCUCCAAAGAAGAUCGUAAGGUUUACGUUGGGACAUAUGUGGCAACCUAUGGCAAACCUUGUCUCUCUGGCAGGGAACUUGAGCAGAAUAACUUAAGAGUGCAAGUGUGCAUUUUCAAGCACUCUGUGACCUUGCGCAGCUACACCAUCUUCUUGCACUCGUGCAACUUUGGUUGUUGUGCAAGCGCAGCACUAGUCAGGAUGUUGGCCUUGGUGUUUGCAUCUUUAACCUAUGCACUACAAUGAAUGAAAUGUGUACAUGGUAAUAGGGGGUGAGAUGUCUCUCAUUGGCUUCUCACCCCCUAUAGGUAGCGAAAAAGACACUUGUUUUCGUAGUUGAAUUCUACCUUUUGAUGUGUGGCAUACUCUGCGCCUUCCUACUCCCUCAAUGGGGGCUGCCAUUGACCUUGUAUGGUGGUAAUUAGAGAUAAGUGCCUAAUAAUAAUUAGUAAGACUGUCACAAGAAAGUCAUUGAACCAUCUUGAUUGAUUAAGCAAUUAAACCUGCAUAGAUUUGUAUUUAAUAGUUUUUGGAGGGGAAGCCUGCCUGCUUCAUUUCUGGAUGAGGUCUAAGUGUGUUGUAACAGGCAUUUUGGAGACAUUCCACCUCUUCUAAGGUGCCACUUGCCAUCCACAAUUUUGUAAGCAUGAUAUAUUUAUUUUAUUUUAAAAAGAUUUUAGAUACAGGUGGACCUCGGUAUCUGCAGAGGUUCCAUUCUCCGCUACUACUGCGGAUACCGAACCUGAGGAUACUGGAGCAUUAAGUCAAUGGGAAUGGUUUGUGUGUGGGGUGUGUGUGUUGGAUUCCAAGAAGCUGAAGAAAAGGGCAAAAAUCAAACAAAAACACGCCCCCCAAAGUGUGUGUGGAGGGGAAUGCCCUACCAUGCUCCAUGGGUAUCCAUCUGCCCAGCAGUACCCCCCACCCAAGUUCCCAAUGUUUCCAUGAAAAAAUCACCAGGGAGAUGUGUGUGUGUGUGUGUGUGUGUGUGUGUGUGUGUGUGUGAGAGAGAGAGAGAGAGAGAAUGAGAUAUAAAAUGGCUCCUUUUUGUAAAAUGGCAGCCAGAAAUGACCCCCAAGGUCAUUUUCAGUCACCCCCACCCCAUUAAUACAUGAAAUUAACCCUUUGGGGGGGCCAUUUUUAAAACGCUUAUGCCGAGGUCAGGUGUCAAUUGCUCACUGAUACGAAAAUGUUGAAUCCACGGACAGUGAGGUUCUGCUGUACACACAUACACACACACCUGCUAGUCAAUUAAUUUGGCACAUUUAAAUUUCUUAAAAUCUUUUAAAUCGACACCUAAUAGAUUGAUUGCAGCCUUAAUUAUUAGCCUAUCUGUAUGAGGUUUCCAUUAGCAACUAGCAACCUUUCUCUACUGACAAGGCCCAAAAGGUGAAGGGCCUUACAUCUGUGCUCCAAUUCUUUCAUUUCUCAAAGGGCUGCUUCACACGACUACUGGGAAGUCUGGUUACCAGGAAUCUCUGAUUCUCAGGGAGCGCAUACUCCAGUCGGCAUGUGUGAACCCACCCAAGUCCGCUUCCCAAGCCAUCUUGAGUGGGUUUACACAAAACACCCACUGGGAGCACAUACUCCCUGGGAACGAGAGGCUUCCAGCCAAGAGGAUUUCUGGGUGUGAUGUUGGGGGCCCUCCUAAAAGGAUUCAUGCGUAUGUGGACAAAGUCAGGGAACCAUAUGUGCAUAAACUGGUAUGCCUCAAGCAAUCUCUACCGCUAGAACAUCCUCUUAACAGUCUGAAUCUCUGAGCUGGAAGGACUCUGGUGGUGGUUCAGAGCACUCCCUCUAACUCAUAACAAUAUAAUAAUACUUAAUUUAUCAUGGUUGGGGUCGACAUUCUAUAUCAUCUUAUACUCUAAUAAACCAUUUCCUCUCUUUUUCUUUUUAAAAAAAUGAAAUCUUUGAACAAAAUAUCAAGAAUUCUGUUGGACAGUGUGGCAGGACUGGGGCAGAGUUCAUAUAGCAGCUGUGGCAGGGGCCCCUUCCUUUGUGGGGAUCUGGGACAAAUUGCCCCAGUUGCCCCACCCUCUGGGCCGCCCUGGUUCCCAGCAACCAGACUUCCCAGUAGUGACGUGAAGCCACCCAUUAUGAAGAUUCUCUCACCUAGUUGCUAGAGUUCUUCCAUGCUCAAAUCGAAUUGCAUCUUUUUUCCCCCCUUUUGAGAGCUGAUGAGAAAGUUCAUAGUAAUUUCUGUUCUGUGGCCCUUCCCUGCCAUCCUAAACUCCUAUUCAUAUAAGCUGAAAUCAUGCAUAAAUAGCCUUCUAUAAGUCAGUUCUCUAGAGAUGAAGGCAGAAUGCAUUUCCCUGACCCUGGAGAACAGCAAAAUUGAUUGAGAUGUCUUUGUUGAGGGUGGGGGAAAUCCAUCCCCUUUAUGCUACUACUUUGCUAGUGUUGGUUGAAAAAGAAAAGACACUUGUUCACUAAAUAUUUUAGAAUUCAUGGAUAUGUUUUCUAGAUAUGUCUCUCGAGUCUUCAGCCAGUGGAAACAAAACUGUAGCAUCUCACCCCUCGUAGUUCAGCCUAGAAAUGAGCAUUGGUGGUGAAGAAAAUAAUCUUGUCCCGAAACAGAGUGAAACUGAAAGACUUGAUCACAGGAGCCAGAAGGAGGUUGGCUUGCUAAUCCUUGCUAGGAUUUCAUACUGAGCAGGUAUCCAUCCUCAGCUAAAGAGAACUGUCCCAUUGCCCCUUCCUGCAUCUCUAAGAUGGCUGACCCUGGAGCUAUGGCAGACGUUGGGGGUAUUGAAUACACCCUGCAGAAUGGACUGAAACUGUUAAAAGAACCAUUUAGGGACUCUGCGCAGAUGAUGAGCCUCAGAGCAAGCUUGGGCUCAGAGAACUCCCAGUGGGACUUGGAAGAAUAUGGAAGCUUGCUGCUGAAUCUCCCCAACAUUCCAGAGGCAAUCUGCUGAAAGAUCUGCCAGAGACAAUAUAAGAAGUGGAGGGAUUGCCAGUUACUGUUGCUGGACAAAAGGCACCAAGGAACUAUUUUUCAUCACUUUUAAAAAAUCACAGCAAAGAACUCCAAGGGUGUUUGGAAAACUGGAAAGAAUAUGGGAAUCUACAAUUUAAAAACAAAUAAUCCCAAAAGGCCCAGAACGGAACCGGUUGUUAGCUUGGGAUGAGAAUGGCACCGACAUUUAUGCCUUGCUGUAUAGUAAAUGAGUGGCCUAAAUCAGGUUACUCCCACAAUAAUGUCAGGUUCUGUUUUAGUGGUAUGUUAGUUGUUGUUUCCCCCCCGAUUAGCAGAACAGUUAUGUGGAUGUCUUAUUACAGGGCGUCCUGACGGAGAAAGGAGAUUUGGAAACCCAUUUUGUAUUUUGCUUUUUAACUAAAGCCAAGAUUUGAAGAAUCCUACCACGGUCAGUGGCUUUUCUGCACGCUGGCAGAAUUGUAGCAACCAUGGAGUGUUGACAAUGGGAUGAUUCAGGCGGGGCGGUCCUUCUAUGAAGUAAGAUGAGGCGAUUGCCUUAAGAGGCAGAUUGGAGCACCAGUGGAGCAGCAAAAUAUCCCACCAUCCCCUGUUGUGGUACGAUACCUUCUGCCACAGCCACUUGGAAAAAGGGAAGGGGGCAGCAUUUGGCACCUUGCUACAGGUGCAAAGACAUCUUGGUAAGAGUUAAAAGCAGAAAGAUGUGGGAAGUGUUAAAAGCACAGAAUGCAGGUGGUGUUGGAUGAUCGGGGAGAGAAGAGAUCAAGAGUUUGGUAGUGGCUAGGGAUGUGCACAAACUGGUUCGGAAGUGCUUUUCCGGACCUCCAAACCAGUCCAGCAUUCGGGGGGGGUGUUACCUUUAAGGAGCAGGGAGGGUGACCUCCCCCCUCCCACUUUCCCCUCCAGCACUCUCACCAAAAUCGCUGGUGCAGGACAGCAGUGUACCUCCUUGCCACCCUGGUCAGUGUCAAACCAGAAGUGCCCAGUGCACACACCGGCGGGGGAAAUGCGGGGUGGAGGAGUAAGGACACCCUCCCUGCUCCUUAAAGGUAAGCCACGCCAUGCCCCCACUGCCAAAACAGCCGAACACCGGAGCUUGCACAUCCCUAGUAGUGGCAAUUUGCUCGUGACAAGAUGGAGUGAAAUGCUUCCAUUUCCCAUCAAUCUUGAGUCGCAGUUCGUGGUGGAAAUAAGCACCUAGGUCUCCACGAAGAUGCUAAAUUCCACUCAAAAGCAGGAUGUGUUUGCAGUUGUUGGAUUCCAUUCAGCCAUAACCUUCUAUGCACUUGGGAGCCCCUCGGUGGAUUCUGCUGUGCAUUUUGCCGGAUUCAGAGUCCCGCCCAAAUUGCUGAAGCCUCUGCUAGGACUCUGAAAAUCCUAAUUCCAUAGAGGUUUAAAGACUCAGUCUAGACUUUUCCUUGAAUAAAUCUAUAUGUUUUUACCCCAAAGCCUUAUAUUGGGAAGGGAGGUAAAUUGUACAUUACAGUUUACUUAGCUGAUACUCUUCCUGAACUGGCAUUCCCUGCUGAUAAUGACAUGGUUUUAAAGCAGACCCGACUGCUAGGGAAGAGGCGAUGGCCUGCCUUUUGGGGUACCACAAAGGAAUGCAAAUUGUCCAUUAUUUACUUUAUUGUAUUUUUCCUACCAUGCUGGGGAGGGGAUAGGGGGUGCCCUCUGGAUUUUUUUUGCUUGAAGCUCCGGAUUGCCUUGGGUUGUGGUGUGCCCUGGAAUUUCUGUAAAGGCUGUAGGUUGCAUGCUGCCAAUUGGGGCCUUUCCGCUGGCCCUUUGGGGUUAUCCAGGGAGGGCAGUAGGAUAGGCAUGUUCACUACUGCUUCAGUGCAUGCCUGAUGCAUUUGUAGCCAGUGGGCAUGAUAGAACUAUGAUUCCCCAACUGCACAUCCCCUAGCCCCAGAAGGCUCUGUAGGGCUAAUCUGUGCCACAAAGCCUGCAGUCUUCACAGAGCCCCUUCCCUGCUUAAACGUGUGAUAGGGGGCUGCAGGCCUCUGUAAAGGCUGAGCAAGGUGUUCGACCUUGUCAGAAGUGAUCCUGGAGUUGCACCCAUUCUGGAAACGUAGGCAGAAUUCCAGGGAAUUGUUUCAUUUUAAUAUAAGUUAUUCCCUUCACUACUGCCCGCUGAACUGUUAUACUGAUAUAAUGUAGACUUAGUUCUCAUGAAGGCAGUAAACCUGUAUCUGUUUCUGUAAUACUAUAGACUUCGUUGAAGAUUCACCUCUAGGAAUGCCCUAUCGGGGGUGGGGGGGAGGAGGAGAGGAGAAAUCUUACACAUAGAAAAAUAGUCUUGUCAGGGAGUUUUCUACAGGUGAGGAUGCUUGCGCAGAGGAACAUUUAACAGAGUCCCCACUUCCAGUCUCAAGCAGCAGACCCAAGUAUCAGGGAUUUGGCCAAUUCAGGCACUGGCUGGGAGCCCAGGGCCAUAAGGAGGCCCAGAGGCCCUGGUCAGUACUUAUGCAGUGACAGCAGCAGCCCUGCUUUAUUGGCUCCAAACGUUGCUCCAUUCUUGUUAUCCUAGCCAUUCUAAUCCAUUAAUGGGAUUUUUCUCCCAGAGUCCCUUUGUUAUCACACUAGUAGCUGCCAUUUUUUAAAAACCAGUAAUGCAAUACUCUGAGAAGCUGCUGUCAGCCUGUGUCGAUAAUAUUGAGCUAGAUGGACCAACGGUCUGACUCGGUAUAUGGCAGCUUCCUGUGUUCCUAUCAAUCACUGCAUGACAGUGGUGGAGUGAGAAGGCAGGACCAUGGUAUUUUGGGUGGUAAUGAUGAUAAAAUGGUGGCUGCCAGAGUGGCCAGGGCAAAGCACUCCUAGCUGCUCCUGUGUCCUUGUGGUAUAAGGCAUCUUCUUGGGCCUGGAGGGUCACCAGGUCACUUGUCCAAAAGCUCCCUUGAACCUGGACCCUGUGAAACAGAACAGCCCAGUUGGUUUUCCCCAACUCUUUGAGUCUGCAAUAAGGCAAAAGAAGAAUCCUAGAGAUAGAACUCAGCUUGGCUCAGUGUGUGAGACAGAGUAGAUUCAUAGACGUGCUAACCAGUUCGGAGGUUUUGCUACCGCUCUUGAGGGGAAUGCAGACAUAGGGGUAGCUUGAAUGCCUUCAUUAUGAAAGUGUCCAUUUUUGAAAAUGCAAGCAGAACAGCAGUGACUUACUAUACACAGUGUUUCCCACAAGAAGUGUAAUAUCUUAAGUAUAUUUUAACACUGUAUUAUUCACUGUUUGCCUUUAUUCUUUAACUUGUUUUUUCUUCCACCAAUUACUCAGGUGCCUAAUUUCAUCAACAUAUUGUCCUCAUAACUGUCUUAACUUUCCCAUUAAAAAUACUCUCCUUCCCUGCC